UGAGUCGUUACCGGGAGCCACAAACAAGGUGUACAAGUAUCUGAAGAGCUGUCGGGAUGCAGCAGAGCGGAGCGGCUGGAGGCCGUGGCUGCGCGCUCUUUUCAGUGCUGGGCAUCCUAUUUUUCCAGGGUGUUCAUAUCGUCCUUUCCUUGGAGAUUAAUGCAGAUGCUCAUGUUCGAGGUUAUGUUGGAGAAAAGAUCAAGUUGAAAUGUACCUUCAAGUCAACUUCGGAAGUCACUGACAAACUGACCAUAGAUUGGACAUACCGCCCUCCCAGCAGCAGUCGAACAGAGUCUAUUUUUCAUUAUCAGUCUUUCCAGUACCCAACCACAGCAGGCACAUUUCGGGAUCGGAUUUCCUGGGUUGGAAAUGUGUACAAAGGGGAUGCAUCUAUAAGCAUAAGCAAUCCUACCCUUAAGGACAAUGGGACAUUCAGCUGUGCUGUGAAGAAUCCCCCAGACGUGCACCAUAAUAUCCCCCUGACAGAGCUAACGGUCACAGAAAGGGGUUUUGGCACCAUGCUAUCCUCUGUAGCCCUUCUUUCCAUUCUCGUCUUCAUUCCCUCAGUAGUGGUGGUGGUUCUGCUGCUGCUGAGAAUGGGGAGGAAGGCUGCGGGGCUGAAGAAGAGGAGCAAGUCUGGCUAUAAGAAAUCAUCUAUUGAAGUUUCAGAUGACACUGACCAGGAGGAGAAAGACGAGUGCAUGGCAAGGCUUUGUGUCCGUUGUGCCGAGUGUCUGGAUUCAGACUAUGAAGAGACAUACUGAUGAAAGUUGGCAGAAUGUAAGAAGAGUCACCUAACAACAGAAAACACCCAUUCCGCUGCAGCUGUAGCCUUUCCAGAGGAGGGGAGCUGGCCAGGACAGCAGUGACGGAGGAUUCUGGAGGUCUUCAGUAAAGACUAUGAACCAUUUAUUUAUUGAAGAAAUCUUCUUUUUGUAUUUAUAAACUGUUCAGAACUUUCAGAAGAGACUCAUGACUUCUCCUUUUAAAAAGUUACACUCUAAUUGAAUGAAGAAAUUCUUUCCUUGA